AUGAAAAGAAGCAGAUCUACAUCACCCGGACUUGGCUAACGUUAACCUGCAUUUGAAGUCUUUGUGCAUGUCAGAUUCAGAAGUGAACGGAGCGUUGGGUUCUCUUGACCUGCAUUCACCAGCUAUCUGAAGUUUUUUCGGACAGCAAAAUGGACUUCUCCAAAUUUCUGGACGAUGAUUUCGAUGUGAAGGACUGGGUGAACGGGGCCUUCAAGAUGCAGAAGGAUGCGCCUGGGAAGGCAGAUGCGCACGCGGCAACGCUGGUCAUGAAAUUGCAGGUGUUCAUCCAGGAAGUCAACAAUGCAAUCGAGGAUAGCAGUAACCAGGCCCUGCAGAACAUGCCCAGAGUGGUGCGGGAUGUGGAGGCUCUGAAGCAGGAGGCGUCGUUCCUGAAGGAGCAGAUGGUCCUGGUCAAGGAGGACAUUAGGGAGUUUGAGCAGGACACUGUACAGUCCAUGCAGAUAGGACAGUACAUCAUGUCUCUGCCGCUCCACUUGGAGCCCUUUGUGGCGCAAGAGGACCCGGCACUGGAAUUGGCUCUGCAUGCAGGCAAACUGCCCUUCCCUCCUGAGCAAGGUGAUGACCUUCCGGAGCUGGACAACACGGCAGACUACUGGCUGGGCUCUAUCGCCAGGGCGACGAUGCAGACGUACUGUGACGCCAUCCUGCUCAUCCCAGAGCUCACGGCCCACUCUACCAAACAGCUGGCCACCGACAUUGCCCUCCAGGACCCUGCAGCAGAUAGUGACCCUGCUGAGGGCCAAGCCAGAGGAGUACAGACUGACAGCCAAACUGCUACCACGUAGACUGGUGUCCACCAUCGCUGCCCUGAGGGGGCUGGACCACUGACCACGGUCGCACUCUAAACGGAUAUGAUAACUGGAGUCUGGACCCCUGGUUUGGCAGAAACCUGAAGUCUCCAUUUAGGGAUAUUCCCAUCAUGAAAUGGCUAUAAGCAACGUCUGGUUAUCAAAUAUUUAAGCUGCUUUGGCAUCGUACUCUUUGUCAUCAUUUUUUAUAUUUAUUAUGGCUCAUUUCUGGAAAUCAAGGUAGAAAUGGUUUUGCUUAUUUGUAAUGUACUGGAAUCUGUCCACUAAUUUAAUAGACAUCUGGCCUCUGUCUUCAACUCUUUGUUAAUGAAGUUAAUGGAAGAUUCAAAUUAAAUGUCUGAUUUUAAAAGGAGACAUUUUAUUUUUAGAACCAAAUCUCUGUGUGAUGUAAAUGUAAUGUUGUAGAAAGGUUCAAACACCUCUUUUGUGAUUUUUAACUUGUGUAGCCCUGAAAAAACAUGAACAAAGGCAACAACAAAAAAAGACCCCAAAAUAUCCUUUUCGAAACGGCAAAGCUCUGUUUAGUGAUGCAGGUUGGUAGAUGUUGUACACAUGAAACUUAUUCCGAACUUUAUCCGCAACAUUAGAUUCCAUUUUUUUCGACUCGAGCAAUACCUCUGUCCAUUCCAAUGUGAAGGAAACACUUGAGUAAAUAAGAGGUACAAAGUAUACUGAACAAAAAUAUAAAUGCAACAAUUUCAAAGAUUUUACUGAGUGACAGUCACCAGCUGUGACGCUCAUCGCAUGUGGCAGGGCUUCGAAACUAUUAUGGACUACAAAGGGAAAGCCGUGUUCUGCCCAGUGAUGCAAGCCUACCAGACCGACUAAAUGCCUUUUUAUGCUCGCUUUGAGGCAAGCAACACUGAAACAUGCAUGAGAGCACCAACUGUUCUGGACGACCUGUGUGAUCUCGCACUCCGUAGCCAAUGUGACAUUCACAAGGCCGCGGGGCCAGACGGAUUACCGGGACGUGUACUCGGAGCAUGCACAGACAAACUGGCAAGUGUAUUCACUGACAUUUUCAACUUCGCCGAGUCUGUAAUACCAACAUGUUUCAAGGAGACAACCAUAGUCCCUGUGCCCAAGAAAGCAAAGAUAAUCUGCUUAAAUGACUACCGCCCCAAGGCACUCACGUCGGUAGCUACGAAGUGCUUUGAAAGGCUGGUCAUGGCUCACAGCAAUAACAUCAUCCCGGAAACGCUAGACUCGCUCCAAUUCGCAUACCGCCCCAACAGAUCCGAAGAUCUCAAUCUCACUCCACACUGCCCUUUCCCACAUAGACAAAAGGAACACCUAUGCGAGAAUGCUGCACAUUGACUGAAGCUCAGCGUUCAACACCAUAGUGCCCACAAAGCUCAUCACUAAGCUAAGGACCCUGGGACUAAACACCUCCAUCUGCCACGCUGAUCCCUCGGGUGCGUGCUUAGUCACCUCCUGUACUCCCUGUUCAUCCACGAUUGCAUGGCCAAGCAUGACUCCCAACACCAUCAUUAAGUUUGCUGACGACAACGAUGAGACGGCCUCUAGGGAGGAGGUCAGAGACCUGUCCGUGUGGUGCAAGGACAACAACCUCUCCCUCAAUGUGAUCAAGACAGAGAUGAUUGUGGACUACAGGAACAGGAGGGCUGAGCACGCCCCCAUUCUCAUCGACGGGGCUGUAGUGGAUCAGGUUGAGAGCUUCAAUUCCCUUGGUGUCCACAUCACCAACAAACUAACAUGGUCCAAUCACACCAUGGCAGCCGUGAAGAGGGCACGACAAACCCUACUCCCCCUCAGGAGACUGAAAAGAUUUGGCAUGGAUCCUCACAUCCUCAAAAGGUUUUACAGCUGCACCAUUGAGAGCAUCUUGACGGGUUGCAUCACUGCCUGGUAUGGCAACUACUUGUCCUCCGACCGCAAGGCACUACAGAGGGUAGCGCGUACGGCCCAGUACAUCACCAGGGGCAAGCUUCCAGCCAUCCAGGACCUCUCUACCAGGCGUGUCAGAGGAAGGCCCUAAAAAUUGUCAAAGACUCCAGGCACUCUAGUCAGACUAUUCUCUCUGCUACUGCAUGGCAAGCGGUACCGGAGUGCCAAGUCUAGGUCCAAAAGGCUCCUAAAUAGCUUCUACCCCCAAGCCAUAAGACUCCUGAACAGCUAAUCAAAAGGCUACCCAGGCUAUUUGCAUUGCCCCCCUCCCUCCCUCCGGAAUGCUGCUGCUACUCUGUUAUUAUCUAUGUGUAUUCACUUUAACUCUACCUACGAGUACAUAUUACCUCAAUUACCUCGACAUCGGUGUCCCCGCACAUUUACAUUUACUCUGUACCGGUACCCCCUGCAUAUAGCCCCGCUAUUGUUAUUUACUGCUGCUCUUUAAUUGUUUGUUAUUCUUAUCUCUUACUUUUUUUUGGGGGGGGGGGGUAUUUUCUUAAAACUACAUUUUUGGUUAAGGGCUUGUAUAAGUAAGCAUUUCACUGUAAGGUGUACGUACACCUGUUGUAUUCGGCGCAUGUGACAAAUAACAUUUGAUUUUAUAUAUUCAGUUUCAAUAUGGUAGAUAUUGCAUCUAUGUAUCAACGUUUACAAACUAUCACUUCAAGUUAAUCAAAGUUGAAUAUAUUAAACUUCUCAGACAGAUUCAGUUUUCAAAAUCAAUUCUCUAAAUUCAGAUUCAAAACCAGAGAUAACAUCCUGGUACUUUGCCAGCCAGGAAAGGUAGAAGAGAACAGAUAGAAUAAAAUGCUCACUGUGGUAAAUCGAAACUCCUGCCGGUUUCUCAAACCAUGUUGAAUUUAUUUUCUUCCCAUUCAUUUGGCUCUAGCAGUUGAAUCGUUUUGGCUAUGACUUUUUAUGACCCCAUUCCUGAAAGCUAACAGUAACAGGAUGUUGUCUCUGUUUUUUAAUCUGGAAUUUAGAGAACUGAAUCUGAAUACAUCUGAGAAAUUAAUAUAUGAAACUUUGAUUAACUUGAAGUGAUGUUAACUUUGAUCCCACAGGGUAAAUGCAAUACCUACCAUAUUGAAACGGAAUAUAUAAAUAUUGAAUUUGAAUAUUCAAGUAAAUUUAUAUUGUUUUAUUAAAGGUGAAUGCAACAUUCA